AUGACAAAUUUCCACCGCUAUCAUGAGUCAUGGACCGACAAGCUCAAUAAACUCAUCACUGAAAUUUCUACUACUCCAACGCCACGCGCCACCUCUUCCUCAGACCAACAACACAUCCGCCACCUUGUCGAUGAAGUGGUGGCUCAUUACGCCCAUUAUUACGACACUAAAGCCCAAGCCGCUCGAGUCGAUGUCCUCUCUCUGUUUGCUGCCCCAUGGGCCUCUGCCUUAGAAAGAUCCUUACAUUGGGUAGCGGGCUUUAGACCCACUACCCUUUUCCACCUUGUUUAUACUGAAUCCAGUAUUCGGUUUGAGUCCCACGUAGCAGAUAUACUACAUGGGCGUCGAACCGGGGAUUUAGGGGAACUUACUGCAGGACAGCUAGCGCGUGUUAGUGAACUCCAAUGUUUAACUGUUAAGGAAGAGAACGAGAUUGGAGAUGAGCUUGGUGCAUGGCAAGAAGAAGUAGCCCGGUGUGAGCCCGAAUGGUCAGGGCUGUGUGGAGGUGGGCCUGAAGGAUUAAAUCACUUGCUUAAUCGGCUCAGCGCGGUUGUGGUAAGGGCGGAUGAGUUGAGGAUGAAGACAAUUCGACAGGUGGUAGAGCUACUCACGCCGCAACAGGCAGCUGAGUUUUUGAUAGCAGCGGCUGAGCUGCAGCUUGGAAUUCGAAGGUGGGGCCAACAUCAGGAUCUUGUACGUGGCGGUGGAGAUAUACUAAUUGCUGCUUUAUUAUCACAAAAUGGUCUGCUUUCCUUCUUCUGUGGCAAGUAUAGUUCGCUCAUGAGCUUCUUUAGCCAUAUGAUCUCAGCUACACCCAUGGAAUUCUUCUUCUAUACUUGA